AAUCGUGUUGCACCUGCGAUGCAUUUUCCUUACAUUGCUCUUGGUUGUCGUUUUACCAAUGGACUGACAUUAGCCAGCAGAGAUGCUGCUGAAAGACCUUCCCAGAGAGGCCCUGUUGCGGCCGUUGUCCAGGAAUGAGGUGGUUGGCAUGCUGGUGAGGUUGACCAUCUUUGGUGCAGCCACAUACUAUAGCAUCAAAUGGGUGGUAGAAGCGAUGGAUCCUACCUCAAAACAGAAAAGCCAAGCCAAGAAAAGGGCAGAACAGCUGAUGAAGAGGAUUGGCGUUGAGGGGGUCAAACUAACAGAGUAUGAGAUGAACAUUGCAUCUCACCUCGUUGAUCCGCACUCUAUGAAGGUGUCCUGGAGAGAUAUAGCAGGUCUGGAUGAGGUUAUCAAUGAGCUGCAAGACACCGUCAUCCUGCCCUUUCAGAAAAGACACCUCUUAGCUGGAUCCAGACUCUUUCAGCCUCCUAAAGGUGUAUUGUUGUUCGGUCCUCCGGGAUGUGGGAAGACCAUGAUUGCCAAAGCAACAGCCAAAGCCUCAGGAUGCAAGUUUAUCAACCUUCAGGCCUCCACACUGACAGACAUGUGGUACGGCGAAUCACAGAAGCUGACUGCUGCAGUCUUCUCGUUAGCCGUCAAAAUUCAGCCCUGUAUCAUCUUCAUUGAUGAGAUUGAGUCAUUUCUGAGGAAUCGCUCCAGUCUGGACCACGAGGCCACAGCCAUGAUGAAGGCCCAGUUCAUGAGCCUGUGGGACGGCCUGGACACCGCCUUAACCACUCAGGUGAUGGUGAUGGGAGCUACGAACAGGCCACAGGAUGUGGAUCCAGCUAUUCUGCGCAGGAUGCCCACCACUUUUCACGUUGGCCUGCCUAACACAAGACAACGACAAGACAUCCUGAGGCUGAUUUUAGCAGGAGAAAAUCUGAGCAACGCCAUUAACCUGAAGGAGAUCGCGGAAAAGACGGACGGCUACUCUGGCAGCGACCUGCGGGAGCUUUGUCGUGAUGCUGCCAUGUACCGAGUCCGGGACUACGUCCGCAAGGAGCAGAUGAGGCUGAUCGCUCAGCAGCUUCAGGACUGCCAGGAGGAGGAGGAAGAAAAACCUGUGGAUGAGGAGCGGUUGCGGCCAGUCACUCAGCUGGACCUCCUCUUUGGCCUGGACAAGAUGAAGGAGUCUAAGCGGGCCACAGCCUUUAUGCUACCCAGCGUGGCAGAGGUUCCCCUGGACUGAGCACCAUCCAAGCACCACCGAGGGGAAACAUUUUCUUCUCGCCUUUGUCCGCAGAGUGUUUCAGCUCGCCAAGCAGAGACUCCGCCAAAAUGUCAGAGGUGCAGUUGGAAAUGCCAGCAGACAGCCAUACUUUUAAACUUUGUUUACCUAGGCGGGGGUUCUCCUGAGCAUGCUCAUUUCCAGCAGAGACCCACCACAUGUGUACAGUUACAAUAUAUUUAGAAAUCUACCGUCUCUACGUACUGUCUGCUGACGUGUUCUACUGGAAAACGGUCCGUGUCUUGCUCAAGGCCACUGUAAUGGUUUGUCUUAAAGAGUACGAAGCAGUUAUUGUAAACUUUCAAACCUCUGCACAAACACCACUAAUGCCCCCCAUCACUGACUUACGCAUCAUAAUAACCUAAAAUAACCCAAGACUCAUUAUUCAGAGUCUGGUCUGCAGACAUCUGUAGUCCUUUUCUUUACUGACUGAUUUCCAAACUAGCAUUUACUCCAGGUUAUGUGUGUGUGUUUGGAUGAAAAACGCUUAAAUAACACAAAAGUAAUGUCAUCGAGGCACUGUGUUAGAAGUAGGUUAGCUCAUCCUGGUCCUAAGUAAUGAAGUACUUAAAAAGAACGACCUAUUUCAGUUUCAGGAAUAUCAUAAUUCAAUGAAAUAAUCAGACACAGUGCAUGUGUCACUCUCUUCAAAUGUUAGAUUAAGCUUGACCAUUGAAACGAGCACUCCUUCCAUUUCACCCCUCUUGUCUUCUUAUCCUGAAUCUGCUUAUAUUAAACCUCAAGUGACGAUUGCUUUCCUCUAGUGUACUGAUACUGUUUGGACUUUGAAAAAAAAUAUAUUUAUUGUCAUGACUUUUUGUUUUUCAUGGUAGAGCUACUGUCUUUUUUUUGUUUUUUUUUUGGUUAAGUAGGAAGAGGACGUGUGGCCUCAUGUGAACCUGUAGACCUGCAGUUAUGUGAUACUCAUCAUGUAGAGUUGCUGCUCCCAAGGAGCAUUAAUUCAGAAUAUUUCUUUUGAAAUUACAAUAAUAAGUAAUUGUUAAAUGUGUGUUUUUAGAUGCCAUAAAAUCACAAUAUGCUUGCGACAGAAGAGGAAGAGAGGAAUGUAACAUUUGCGAAUGCCGUCAAAGAGCUCAUAUAAGCGCCUGUCAUAUCGAUAGUCAUAGUGCAUUGUGUCAGGAUUGUUUUAGUUGUAAAAAUAAAUCGCAAUACUAGUUUGCAAACAAAACAUCAAGUGGAAAGACGGUCAGCACUUAAACCCUUUAAUAGAAACUACAGUGAUAUGAGCCAGGGACAGCAAUGAAACAGACGGUAGCAUUCUGCUAUCUCCAUAAUCGUUACCCUACUGCUAAACGGCUGUAAAAAUGAACUGUUGCACCACUUAUCACUCCACUCGCUGUUAGCGGGUGUGUUGUGACUGUCCUGCUGUAUGCAGUCUAAAACAGUGAAGCAGAAUCUUGGGUUGGAGUUAAGACAAAGACUUUGAAUGCAGCUAAAGAUGAUUAAUUGUCUUCAGUGCAUUUUGUUGCACAAAAAAAAUCAACACUUUAUUUAUUUUUUUCAUCCGCGGAGACAAUAGCUGAUGCUUCCUCAUGUUAAAACCUUGCCUGUGUUUGUCACCAGUUAUUUUUUUAAUGUCAUUUAUUGGGCCAUUAUCAUUACCAGGGAGACCCUAUUGUUUUACUUUGAAUGUUUUUAUAAUGAACAUCUUCUGUGCAUCAAUCAGAUACUGACAUCAGUUGCUGUCGCUGCAACACAUAUCAGGGCUUUCCUUGUCACUUCAUUUUCAAUUUAAGAGGAGCAUGGCUUUCAGACCCCUAAUGCUUUCGAUCAGCUCUCAGUAAGAAGUUGUUGACAUACUUCUCUUCUUCCCCCACGUUUAAAAAAAGCCACAUUAUGUCCCAUAUGGUCCCAGCAUGUGUUCAUGGAUCUGCUUCCAGGUCUCAUGUAGACCUUUCUCCCACGCAAUCUGAGCAAGACACAGCAUAUUUGUAUUACAGACAUGACCACGUGGUGGCACUGCAGCCUCACUGGCCUGUUAGUGAGGCAGUCGCUACUGACUGCUUUUAUUUAGAGCAGUUUUAUAGCAUUAUGGGGAGACAAUGAAAUAGAGAAACCUGCAUACUGGGUUGUUUGUCCCUUAUUGGUUUAUCCGGUGAUAUUUAGACAUCUGUUGCUCUUCAUUAGAGUACCUCAGGUGACAGUUAAAGGUCAAAAUGUUGCCAUGUAAACCAAUAAUUGUGUCACUGCUGCUUGCAGCUCCUAGUUACCUUUCUUGGAGAGAAGUAAGAUGGGUCUAAAUGCUUUUCCUCGAUGCAGUAUCACUGAACGGAUCACUCAUCAGUUAUGUGGUAGACUGUCAUUUUAUCAAUACACAGUGUCGUCUUGUUACUGGUCAUUAUACUGUCAACUAUGUGUAUGUGCUGAAUGUGAAAUAUUAAACAUAUACUGUAAAGUGUAUUUAUUAAGUUACACUGAGCAAAAAUAUUUAUGUUUUUUUUUUUUUUUUUUUAAACUAGGUAGAAUGUCAUCUCAGUUCUUUAAGCAUGGAACUCAACCUGUUUGUCCUGGUUGUUUUUCUUGACUGUAUUAAAUGUAAUAAACCAUGAAUUGCCCAAAAGGUGAA